AUAUCAAAGUCUGCGAUAUAAAGACUCAGUUUUGGUAGUUUACCUUAGGUUUAAUGUAUCCAUCAAAUGAUUCCAAUAAAUGUUUUAUUGAAGAAAAAACUAGAUUUCAGUAACCGAGAUCCAAGAUUCUUAAAAUCAUAUCUCAAAAUUAGCCUAACUCCUAACAGUAUUGUUUCUAAAGACGCUCCUAACUCUCUGAACUCUCAUAGUUUUUCGGUGUUUUUGUAUGAACCAAGGAAUAUAUAAAAGGAACUUCCAUUAGAUUAAUUUGUACUGCAGUUUUUGUGAGGAUUGUAAACAAAAUUCAGCGUGCAGCUGCACUAUGUGUGUUGACAUUUCUCCAACGAAUUCGUGUUUUAUUCCUUAUAACAAACUAUAAAUUACUGUCUUACUAAAUAACUGAGUUUCUCUCCGGCACAACAAUCAGCUGAUUCUCUGAGCUGAGUACUCGUUUGUAGUAUUCGUAGUGUAAACAUUGAACUUAAAAAGGCCUAGCCCCGUGGCCCGUCGUCUUAAUUCUAAGAUUAUUGAAUAAUCUAAUAUUUUAAACACGUGAGAAUGUGUGAAUAUCAGGAUCUAAAUGUAGAAGAACCAAGUCUAGAAAAUGAAGAAGGAGAAGAUGAAGAGGUGGAUGGAAUGAAGUUAUUGGAUCUAAACCCUCUAGAUGAACUUAUCCUAGAUACAGGACCAGGUACACCUCGAUCCUGGAGAUAUUCACUAGCAACCAAUCAAGGAAUCCAUCAGCUAUCCCGGGAUGGACAACUAGAAGAACUGAAAAGAUUGCUGUCUGAUGAAUCGGUUCAAGCCAAGAUUAACAAUCUAGAUGAAAAGAAAUGUUCUCCUCUUCAUUAUGCUACAAGGUAUUCCCAUAUGGAAAUAGUGAACCUUCUCCUAGAGCAACCAACAACAGUAGUGGACAGGAUUGGAGCUGAUCAGAUGACACCUUUUCAUUAUGGGUGCAGGUAUGGAAGACAUGAAGAGCAUGGGAAUACCAGAAGACGAAGUAGAAUUGAUGAAGAGACAGAGCUUGAAGAAGAUUAUUUGGGAAUACGAGUUUUAAAAAAACUUUUACAGUGUGGAGCAAAUGUAGACGCAAAAGAUGCGUAUAAUAUGACGGGUCUGCAUCAUGCUGCUAUGCGAGGAAACAUAUCUGUGGUCAAAUUUCUAGUUAGUUCUCUAGGGGCAAACCAGCUUCUCAACCAGAGAGAUAUCCAGGGAAGUACCGCACUCCAUAUUGCUUCAACAUAUGGUCAUGCUGAAGUUGUGAAACUACUCCUAGAUGCCGGGGCAGAUAUAAGAUUGAUCUGCCUGGAGAAGAAAACUGCUUUACACAGAGCAGCUCAAGAAGGAAACAUACAGGUGAUGAAGGUUCUCAUGGAGCAUGAUGAGUUCUCCGUCCUUGCUCAACGUAAGGACAAGGAUCAAUACAGUGUUCUUCUCCUAGCUGUAGACGGUGGUUGCCUGGACCUUGUACAAUUACUUCUAGAACACGGUCUACAGCCACAGGUAUCCUGGAAGAAUAAUGUGGGCGAGGUUCCUCUCCAUAGUGCGGCUAGAACAGGACUCAAGGAUAUGGUUCAAACUCUUGUAGAACAUGGAGCUGAUAUAGAUUGUACGAACGGUCUGCAGCAAACUCCUCUAUAUAUUGCAGCACAAAGUGGAAAACUGGAAAUUGUAGAAUACCUCUUAGAACAAGAUGCAGACCAUAAUAUCUGGGAUUCUCAACGACUUUCUCCGAUUAUGAUCGCUGGUGUAGAAGGACAUGUACAGAUUGUGAGAGCCCUGAAGGAGAGAGGAGCUAAUAUACGGAGUGUAGAUAGCGAUGAUCUAAAUAUUCUUCAUCUAGUUGCAAGGACUAAUCAAUCUCUAGUACUCCAGGAAAUAUCGACGUAUGAGGAAUGUGAAAACCUUCUGAAUGCCAACAAUCAGUUUGAUGAAACCCCUCUUCACAUAGCAGCAGAUGCGGGAAACGUUGAUUGUGUAAAAAUACUUCUUGAGAUUGGAGGAGAUGUCGAUAAUAAGAAUGAAGACGAGCAGACCCCCUGCCACUUGGCGGCCAGGUCUGGUCAUGCCGAAGUUAUUCGUGUUAUUCUCGAGAAAGAUAAAAAUGCUAUUUUUGAUAAAGACGAGGAUGAACAAACUCCGCUCCAUAUUGCCUCCAAGUAUCAGAGAGCAGACUGUCUGAAAAUCCUUCUGGAAAAUAAUGCCAAGGUGCAGGACAGAAAUAAUAAAGGUUGGACUCCUCUAGAUUGUGCAGCAGCUGCUGGAGCUUUCAGAUGUGCUGAGAUACUGUUAGAGUACAAUAGUCCUGUUGAUCCAAUGGACAAGAAGAUGACAACUCCUCUUCAUCUGGCUGCACAGUUCGGUCAUAGUAAUGUAGUUGAACUGCUUCUGAUGAAUGGAGCUGAUGUUACACUAACCAACCUAGACGGAGAGAAUGCUCUAGAAAUUGCCAUUAUACAUGGCAAAAAAUCAGUAGCAGAGACUAUAUUGACAAGUGAUGUUUGGAGACUAUCUUUAAGAUCCACCUCUACUGCAAAGGAUUCUAGAGGAACUCCAGUACCAAAUACACCUCUACGAAUGCUGAUUAGAACAUUUCCUGAUCUGGCAGAACUGGUUUUUGAUAAAUGUUUAUCUGUUAAAAAAAUAAACAGAAAAGGUAGUUACGGCAGCCGCCGCCGGUUGAGGAAGUUUGAUCGGGUUGUGGAGUUGGAUUUUGAGUUCCUGGAAGACAUCUUUAAUCUUCAAGAGGUGGGUACUGGAGAGAGGAUAAGGUUUGAAUACUGUGAUUGGGACGAAGAUAAUAAUGUUCUUCCCUUCACUAAACCAUACAAUGUCAAUGGAGAUGUCAGGAAGAAGAACCACCCUCUGAUGAUAAUGGGAGAACAGAAGGAGAAAUAUCUUCUCAAACAUCCGCUCUGUGUUGCACUUGUUAGACAUAAGUGGCAAGCUAUUGGCAGAUACGUUUUCUACUUUCAGACAUAAAUGGCAAGCUAUUGGCAGAUACGUUUUCUACUUUCAGUUGCUGAUGUAUUUACUGUACUUGAUCUCAAUCACAGGGUACACUCUAGUGUCUCUGAA